CAACAUUGUAAGUCAGCUAUACUUCAAUUAAAAAAAAAAAAGAGAGAUCAGCCAGAAUAAAAGAAAAAUACUAAGGUAUCUAUAUUUUCAUCACAUUAAUGAUGAUUGUGUUUUGGUAUCUAUCCAGUGUUUUCUUUGUACAGAAACAUAUAAAACACCUUCACAAUAAUAAUAAUAAUGAUGAUAAACAGGAUGAGGUACAGGGAGGCAUUGACCUGCCCCCUGUUACCUUGUUAGUUAGCAGAUCUGUGAUCUGAACCCAGGAAACCUGGCACCAGAGUUCAUGCAUGUGGCUUAUACUCUUCACUUUAUAUAUAUUCACCUAAACAUCUUUCCAUGUCACUAAGUAUAUCUCUAUAUACUAGCAUUUUAAAUUGCUUUUUAGUGUUCCUGUUAUAUGCCAUAUUUUACCAUAACUUAUAUGCUUUUAUCUAAGUACCAAAUUCAGCAUUAUCAGUCAUUUACUUUUUCCCAUCUUUGCAAAUUUUAUUCUUAAAGAUAUCUUUGCUCAUCUACUUAGAAUAAAGUGAAAUCUGUGUUGGCUCUCACCUUUAAAAGGUGGCAUUUCUUAGCAACCCAUAUUUCUUCUUGGAGUAAAACCAUCUCACCUUUAUUUUUCAGGAGUGUGGACCAGUGUUGUGUUGGGGAAAGUUUCCCUCCCACGGCUUCUCCCUUCUUCCUGCUGCUCAGUCUGUUCCUGGGGACCUGCGCAAUGCUGGUCAAAGAGACGGGCAUCACGGUGUUUGGCGUCUGCUUGGUUUAUGAUCUCUUUUCUUUAUCCCACAAUCAUGAUAAAUCGAGCAACGGGGUCAUCCAUCAGCGCAACCCACAGCAGCCUGGAAGCUCCCCGACAGCACACCCUUUCCGGGAGAAUGGGAAGCAGCAGCGGUUCCCUCACAAAGGAGCUUGGGGUGGCUGCCAUGCCAUGCCGUCUGAACCCAAGAGCAGUGGAUUCCCCGUGUCUCCUGGAGCUGUGUGGUCCUUGAUGAGGUACUGGACUGGGCUCCUUGACCUUGUGUGAUUUUACCAUCCAGCAUCACCUGUUGCAGGGGGAUCACUGGAGAAGUGAAGCGCCGAGUCAGUUCUUUGUGACACCCCCACUCUUGUCAGCCUCCUUUCUUUUCCCUUCCCCAUUUCCCUUCCUCUUUCUUUCUUCCUUCUCUUCCCUAUCCCGGGUCUUCCGUGUCAUAUCAGAUAAGAAAGGAGUAGCAGGAAGAAGUAGAAGCCCUGCUGGCUGCUGUUAUUUGGAAGGAGAGAUGAGGCUGUGAAGCCUCAGUUAAGCAGUACAAGCAUUCUGCUGCUUCCCUGGGGGAAGAGCCCUGCACAUCAGAGCGCAGGCCCCUCGGUUUUCUUUGGGAGGAGAGCUCUGCCUUCCCCUGCCCAGACUCCCUGCUUCUGGUGUAUGAUAAUGAAAGGUUGUUGCUGAGCCAUGAAAAAUGCCAGGAUUCAUUUUUGGUCUUGGAUUCAAAAAUAGCCUCUGGAGGAGAGGAAUCCAGGGCCAGUGACGAAGCUUGAUCACUCAGAGCUUUUGUAUAUUAA